AUAAAAUGGAAACCAAUUAUGAAACUCAACACGGCCCAUGCUAGUUAAAUUACUUCUUGAAAUAAAAAUGAAUGAACAAUGACAAUAUUGGAAAUUGAAUUAUAAGUCAUAUAUCAAUAAAGAUGAUUUUCAAAGUGAUAUUUUUAUUAUAUUUAAAUGUGAGAUCAGUUGUGUUGUACCGCCAUGAAAAACCUGUUGCCGAAAAAGUGUGGAGUGAGCGCUGCCAAAGAAAUACGAUUGCAUUGAACGACUGCAACUGGUGUUCUUGUAACAUGAAGAGUGCAUACACAUGCAAUGCACGAGCUUGCAAUGAAGUCGACAUGUUUGGCCAUUUUAAUGAUGCCAUAAGAGAUAUGGACGUAGGCAUGAACGGCCAUGGCGUCUGGCGUUCAGACGACACAGCUUGCGAGGCAGGAGUCCACUACAGGAAGAACGAGCUCCUCUGUGUUUGCACCGAAGACGGCAAAUGGCCCAAUCCAGUCUGCCGCGACAUCUUCCAAAUACUCCACGCAGUUGAGUCGACAGAACAUAAAGUACCUACUAAGGACACCAACUGUUCUGCGACAAAACUCUACCUCUUCGAUUGCAACGUUUGCUUCUGUCCUUCAAACGGACGCAUCGAUCCUCAGUACUGCACAAAAAGACAAUGUCACCAAGAAAACGUUGAACGAUCUCACAAUACAGAAACUGUGGAAGAAGUAUACGCUACUUGCACUCCAACCAAACGCUACAAACUCGGCUGCCAAACCUGCCUCUGUCUCCGCAACAACCGCCUUGUGUGUGACAAUUGCACUAACGAAGAAGAUAACAACUUGGCCAUCGCCCAAAAUUCUAUCUGCUACCAAAAGGAACCAGGUGUGAUAUUCAAAAAGGGUUGCAACUUAUGUCAUUGUAACAAGAAAGAUACUAUUUAUUGUACUGCAAAGAAGUGUCUGCAGAAUCAUACGAAGAUUUCCUUACCGCAGAUUCAAUACGAUCUGGUGGAACAUAUACAAGAUGAGUACAAUUGCAUCCCAGGAUCGAAGUACAAGAAGGAUUGCAAUACGUGUCACUGUUUCAUGCGUGAAGGAGUCAAGUACUUUGGGUGUUCUAUGAAUUCUUGCAAGCAAUCGGACGAUAACGACACAGAUACUUGUGUCGAAGGAACAUCGUACCAGGCAAACUGUUUGAUCUGUCACUGCGUUGUAGAAAAUGGUGUAAAAAGGGAAUUCUGUCACAUCGACGAUUCGUGUAAGACUCAAGACAUGACCGCAACGCCUCAGUUGCUUGCCUCGAUGCAUGGGUACUGCGAGCCUUUACAUUUCUACCAGCAGGAUUGCAAUAAAUGUAGAUGUCUGGCGGAUGGGAAGACUGUGGCGUGCACAUCGAAAGUUUGCUCCAAGCAGUCAAAGGAUGAAGAUGGUUUAACGUUUUCCAAAUCACUAUUAUUGACGCCAAGAACAGAGAGCAAGUCUCAAGAUAAAUCUGUGGUCGUGGAGUUUAUACCUUUCGUCCAAAAAGAUAAUUUUUGUCCCAAAGGCCAGACCUACAAGGUAGAUUGCAAUGUUUGUUACUGCAUGAAGAAUGGCAACGCGGUGUGCACGACGAAGCAAUGUUAACCGAAGCUAUUUCUGGAUAAAGAACUUUGUGUCCAUUGCUCACGGUUGCAAUUUUCUUGUCACAUUAUCAGAUUUUUGAUCACUUUGAGGUGAUCUAAAGCAAUUGUGAUUGCCUUUUUUCAGUUGGUUUAUUAAAAUACGUAUUAUUUGG